AUGAUCGACAGCUUUGCAAGCGGCUACGUGACGAAGCUGCUGAAGCAGAUCCCAUUCAAGAAAGAGUGCCAGCAGAUCAUGGUCAAGAUCUGCCAGUCAAUGGUCGAGGCCAUGGAUCUGGCCUACACGUCCUUGUCCGACGAGCUGUCCGAGCUCCCGGACCAGAUCAUUGCGGUGAUGGAUGUCGUCCAGAUCUUCUGCAGAGCCAUACUGGCACUGCUUGUCCCCAUCCCCAACUAUUUGGGGAGCAGUGCCAAAGAUGUUGUGGCCGUCACUGCCGCGAAAGACGACAACAGCCUGCUGCUGAUGCUGAAGAACGAGAUGGCGACCUCGUUCUGGAAGCCUUUGAUCCUUGAUGUCAACCUCAAGGCUGGAAUGGCAAAGGAGCUCGGCCCGGUUCUGAAGAGCCACACCGACAAGGUCGCGACAGUUCUGAAAGAACCAGGCCCACUGUUGGAGAACUUGGCAGCGCUGAACGGCGCCCUGACCGACCUCCCGAAGCUGGCGGCGAACUUGAGGACAGGUGCGACCCAGCAGCUGCAGGACGUGAUGCAGAAGGCGGUCAAGUUCAUCAUCAAGGACGUCGUGCAGCUGAAGGAUUUCACGGGUGAGGACUCGGGUUCCCUUGCCAAGGCCAUCACCACCUUCGUGGACAAGCUUGGAUCGGCUGGGUCCCUGCAUGAUGCUUUGGCGGAUGAGGUGCUUCAGCUGCAGGCAUGGCAGUCGAACUCCGCGGCGUCGCUGGCGGAGGCGGAGACCAAGCGUUGGUUGGACCAAUGUAUGGCCUCCUCUAGCAAUGGGACCGACUUGGAUUUGGAGCAGCUUCGCUUCCAGCUGCAGCACCGUGCCGGCCAGAGCUUCCCAUGCUUCCCCGAGGACGUGCAGAACCAGGUGGAGAAGUUGUACGUGCCGCUCCUGAUGCUUCUGGAUCGGAAGGCUGCUCGGAAGUCGAAUGUCGAAGUGGUUGGCAACUUCCUUUUCUCCGCCCUUGUUACGACGCACGGCAAGGACCGCGAGCACAUGGAAGGGUUCGUGCAGCUGGUGACCUUGUUCAUGCAGGCAGUGCCUUGCACCGAGGCGGAUGUGACCAUGGUUAGCGCCGUUCUCAAAAUGCUGACCUCGGCAGUCGAGUUCAUGAAGAUCGAGGCUCACUACCUGUCCUUGGGCAACACGACCAACGAGUGCGUGCGCAGAGAUGUGAACAAGGUCACCUUUGACAAGAUGCUUCGAGCCUCGUUGCAUUAUGCAAAGACCCUCAAGGCUGCACAGGCUUGCCAGAACGAGGAGCCGACCUUGAGCCUGGGGGAUCCGCCGCUUGCCGACCAGGUCAAGGAUGUACAGGCCAGCGACAUCAGGCGCUUCUCUUUCUUGAUCCAGAGCAUCGACAAGAUCUACGAUGAGGCUGUCCGGAAAAGCUCGGCGCUGAGGCAGGCGUCGAUCGAGCACGUGAUGGCUUUGAUCAAGGACCUGGAAGCUGCCUGUGAGAGUGUGGAGGACUGUGGCGGUGGCUACGAGGUCUGCCAUAAGGAAACGUGUUGGAAGAAAGGCUUGGCCAACACGGCAGAGGAGGACUUGCAGACCAUCCUCCGGGCGGCAGCCGCCACCGUGUCCACAUGCGAUCCUAGCACGAUGGCGAAGCACCUGGCUGCUCUGGGCAAGGUGCAAGGUCAGUACGUGCACUUCGAAAAGAAGUACUUCCAGUCCCUGAUCUACAUGGGUGUGCAAGAGACGAAGCUCCUGCAAGGGGUGAAUACCCGAGCCUUGACAGCUUUGAAGUACACGAGGGCACUUCACACGGAGGGCCUCCUUGUCUACUGUGCGCACACUGAAGAUGAGCAGGAGGCAAGGAAGAGUGCGGAUGAACAGAUCAAAAAGCUGGCAGCAGAGACGGUGGACCGUGACCUCAUCCAUCCAAGGCUCAUCGCAUUGGCAGAGAGUCUGGUGAAGUGA